CCUGUUGUCAUCGAAGGGCGUAGGCAUCAUGUGACGUAACUGGCAACUGUAGAUAAUAGGUAGAUAUGUAUUCAUUGCAGAAGAGGUAUUGCAAACACCUAACACUACUGCACUCAUAUCAAUACAAGAUCAAAACUUCUUUACAAUACACAAAGAAAUUACAAUCGCGCCAAACGCCCAGAAUGUCACCAGGAGCAAUCUCGCCGCUUAGUAAAGUCAAAGCCCUCACUUUCGACGUCUUCGGCACUGUCGUCAACUGGCGCUCAUCUGUAACCGAGGAACUCACCCUCCGGGCUUAUCGCAAGACUUCCUCCGAUCUGGAUCCAGCUGUCAAAACUCGUGUUCAGAAGCUCAACGAAGAGGACUGGGGCCGCUUCGCACAGGAGUGGAGGAACUCAUAUGGGAAGUUCACAAGAGGCUUUGACCCGGAAAAACACACUUGGAAGACUAUUGAUCAGCAUCACCACGACAGUCUAGUCGAGCUUCUCAAGGCAUGGGAUCUAGCUGAUCUAUACAGCCCAACUGAGAUCGAAUCCCUGAGUCUCGUCUGGCAUCGCUUGACACCAUGGGAUGACUCCUCAGAUGGUAUUCAUAAGCUUGGUAAAACAUACAAAACCAGCACCUUGUCCAAUGGCAAUGUCUCGCUACUCAGAGACCUGAACGAUUUUGGAAACCUAGGCUUUCAGGUUCUCCUCUCGGGAGAGAAGUUCAGGGCUUACAAGCCAAACCCGACCGUAUACUCUGGUGCUGUGCGCGAGCUGGGACUGGAGCCCCAUGAGGUAUCUAUGGUUGCAGCGCACCUCAACGAUCUAGAGGCAGCGAGAGCCUGUGGUUUGAGAACCGUCUAUGUCGAACGCCCCCAAGAAGAAGCCUGGGACAAGGAGGACGAAAGGUACCAGAAGGCCAAAGAAUGGGUCGAUAUCUGGAUCACGGAGGACGAUCAAGGGUUUCUGGCUUUGGCUCAGAGACUUAAGGAGCUGGCAUGAGAUAGUUGCAAAGUUUCGAGCAGCUGGUGUUGCUGUUAUUGGUCAUUCAAGUGCCAAGUAGCAUGAAUUCGGAGUUGCCUCGUUCUCGACCCAGAGCCACUUGGAUCAUUACAUAACAUCGUUGUUCUAUCAUUAGUAUCAUAGAAGCUUUCAUCUAAGCUAUUUGGAGCCAUAUGACCUCACGUGCAUUGACUCCCAAUUCGGACUUCAUCCACAAGACUUCUGUUUCUAGUAAUAGCAUGAGAU